AUGGGUAGUAAGAAAGGAUUGAGACAAGAUGUCCCUACUAGAUGGAACUCAAUUUAUAUCAUGCUUGAGAGUGCACUUUUCUAUCGUCGUGCUUUUAUUAAUUUAGGAUUGAUUGAUUCCAAUUUUAGUAGUUGUCCUUCUCCUCAAGAGUGGAUUAAAUUCCAUUUUGUAGAGUGGGCUUAUACCAAUCUUCAUGGUAAGGAUUUUGAAGAGUUCAAGUAUGUUAGAGACACAUUGACAUCUCUUUUUUAUAUGUACUUGGAAAGUUUAUCUCAUCUUGUUACUUCGAAUUAUGGAAUGAAUGAGAUAGCUAGUCAUACGGAAGAUGGAGACACCAUUUUUGAGGAUUUUGAUAAUAGUUACAAAAAUGGUCCAAGUACAACUAUGGAGGAAGAGAGUGCUACUGUGGAAAGCCUUAUUGAAGAUCUCUUUGAACUUACUUGUCAAGAUACUAGAUCAGGACAAAGCUCCAAUAGUAUUUCUCUUGAAGAUUGA